AGCUUUAGCUCCACGAAUCCCGGUCACUCCGGGUGCGCCAUGUGGCGCCGAGCGGCCGCGCGGUUGCCCGCGGCUUUGGGUCGCGGGCGGCGCUUCAACGUGGCCGAGGCAGAGAGGCCGCGACCCAGGCCUGUGAAGAGGCAAGAAGCUUUCACCGCAGGAAAGGUCCUUGGCGUCACCGCCGUGGGUGCUGGCGUCGCCUAUGCGGCAAGCGAGACGGUGCGAGAAGAGGUGCAUCGCUUGAUGUCGAGAGUCAACGAAUCCUUCGAGGAUUUCAACGAUACCUCUCGGGAGUUCUUUGAAGGCAUCGGCGACCGCUUGUUCGCCAGAAGACAGGAGCCUUGGCUAGUGGACUUGGCGACGCUGAAGUACCCGGAGCAUCUGCCCACCCUCGUGCUGGACGUGGACAAGGUGAUCCUGCACUUGCAGCAUGACAGCAGACAGGGUUGGCAAGUCGUCAAGAGACCCUUUGCAGACAAGUUCUUCAAGGAGAUUCCGCACUACUACGAGGUGGUGCUGUUUUCCGACGAUGUGUUCCCUGUUGCGCUUGACAUCGCGACCAAGUGGAACUUGCCAGUCACUGGUGUUUUGCACCGGGAGUUUUGCAAAAAGAAGCGAAGCCACUUUGUUAAGGACCUGUCAAAGCUGGGACGAAGACUGGAUCGUGUGCUGAUGAUUGAUCACGAUCCCGUGGCCUUUCAGAUGCAGCCGGAGAACGGCAUCGUGAUUCGGCCUUUUGAUGGCGACACCUCGGAUACUGAGCUGGCAGACCUGCUGGAGUUCCUGAAGGCUGCAGCCAGCAGCAACAUGGACCUCCGCAAGUUCCUGGAAAAGUACGGGGGCGGGGAUGAGGAUGUCGGCAGGCGGUACCUGGUGCAGAAACAGGAGCAGGAGAAGCUUGUAGAGAGCAGGCGAUCCUUCGGGAGGGCCUUCACGCCUCGACAGGGUUUUGCGGACCGGCCACAGCCCCCGGGCUUCGGCCUUCGGUGAGCGGGUGAGCGGCGGUGAGCGGGAAGGGGACAGCAGAGGGCCGAAGGGCCGAGGCGAGCCGCGUGCGUCGGGAGAAUCCCGGCAAGCCCCACAUCCAUUUCCAUGCGUCAGG